AAGAAAGAAACCAGACUGAGGAAAUCAGAAAAGAGUGUUGUAGAGGUUUCAGAGCCACAGAAACAAAAUGCACAAAAAUGCACGGUUUCAAAAUUCCUCUUCCAAAUAAGGAAAUGUAGUAAAGCACAGCGUGAAGGCUGGUGGUACCGGAGAGCUGAUGGGAAGGGACCCCUCUGCUCAUCUCAUGUCCUCACAGGGAAACUUGCUAUAAUAGAGCAAAUAUUGUACAUCUGCAGCUUGUGUGUAUGCGUGUGCGUGCCAGACAGACAGCGAGAGCGAGAGAGAAAGAAAGCAGAUGGGGGGAGUUUACUGGUUGCAUAUUGUGUACAGUUUGUCAACAGGCUGACUAAAUAGACCCAGACAUGGCCGGAGGAACUGUGUUUGCUGUGACAUUCCUCUGCAUGGUGGAAGGGGACACGCACUGUCAACAACACUACAUGAGAGACAGAAAGGCAGAAGGUGCAGAAUAAUAGCUCUCUCUCAGACUUUUAUGCUAUACUAUAUUUAUGCAAAAUAACAGCAUUUCAUUUAGAUACAGAUGAUUAUUUUCUGUGUGGAAUUCAAACAGAACUACAGCCCAAUCUCAAAGCAGGUUUAGCAACAUUAAUCUGUUAUAAUCUGUAACAUUAGUUAUCAUUUUUAUUCACUCAAGAACUUAAUACUUUGGUAUGUAGGUAUUAUCACAAUGAACUUCAGUCAGGAAUGAAAGUAUUUUUAUGCUUCUAUUAUGCGGCAGGAUGUACUUGCCAACCUUCAAACAUUAAUACUUAAAAAUGCAAUAGCGUUAAAAGUACUUACAGGCCCUAUACGAUGUCUAAGCUCAGUCACCAUAACAUUACAGUGUAAAAUAUUUGAGAUAAUAACAAAUAUUAAUGAUACUUCAGUCAACAUCCACACAGGUGUGAGCUGCUUGUGUAUCCCAUUGCCACAACUUUAGUAACCGUUCUCACAUAUAAGAUAGUUUGACGGUAAAAUUAUUUUCUUUUCAUUAUGGUAGUUUUCUAAAAGUUUACCUCUUUGGUUAACAUUAUGAGGAUUGUGGCCAGUUUCCUCCUUACAUAUAGUAAGGAGGCCUUUUAGCCAACAUUUAAUCUUGUAUGAGUUAUAUUUGUGUGCCAAACAAAGCGGUAAUCACCGUGCCAUUAAUCGGCCACCGCUGAACAAAGAAUGCGCUUCGUCAUCACAACUUUCCCCCGGGGGCAAAAGAAAAGAAGAGGGGAGGUGGGGGAGGGAGUGAAACAGGGGGGGUGUCCUCAGCUGGGACUUUCCUUACUGCCCUCCAGAAAAAGUCGAAUCACAGGGCACCGUGCCGGCGAUGUUCCUCGGUAUCGCCUCGGAGGAGGUAUGCGGACCUGUGCGCUAUGGUGGGUCCGCGGUGGUCUCCCCCUCCGCUUGGGAAUACUACUUCUUCUGGUUCCACCGUUUCUCCUCGCGCUCCAGAUCCUCGUUGUCGGGCCACGGUUACCUCGAGCCACAAGGGUGGGGGUGGAGGAGGAACAGGAGGGUGCGGUUGCCUUUUCCGUUAUUAGCAUCGAACCGGAGAGGGUCUCACGCCAACAGGGAUCCCCGUCCCGGCGUCCGGGUCUGGAGGAGGAGGAGCAGGAGGAGGUGGAAGAUGGGGAAAGGAGGGAGGGGGCAGGAGCGUACGAGGAUGAGAACGAGAUGCUCUCGCGCCAGACGGGACCCAGAACACUGGAGGUGAAGCGGUGGGCUGCAGGCAAGCCUUCCUUCGCAGCAGAACUUAACCGUAUCGUCACGUAUAUCACCAGACCACAGCUAAACUGCUCCAGGCUUUUGUCUCCAGGUCAGGCUCAGACAUUACAGCCCCCUGCAGAUUCACCCCACUGGCUGCUGUGUGCUGAGGACUGGCUCCUUCCAGCUGCUGAUAGACCAUGUGUUGCAUACUCCUUUAGUAUGGAUGGGAGAGAUGCAGAGUUUCUUAAGACUGUGUCACUGCUAGGAUGCGAAGUCCAUAGUUUUGAUCCCAGCAACUCUAAUGCAUCCGGUGGUCACCUUGGCAACAGUUUGGCCAGUAACCAUGGCGAUGGAGGUGUGGUCAGCCACCACAAGAUGUGGCUGGAGUGGCGAGCUCCAAGGAAGCGCAAGCAGAAGACAAGAAGCAACCUGGGUAGUGUUUCUCAAACACUGGCAGACAUCAUGUCAGCUCUGGGACAUCACACAGUUCACUUUCUGUAUGCUGAUCUGCUCAGUGCUGAGUGGCGAGUUUUCCAGAACUGGAUUGAGACAGGAACUCUGCAGAAUAUCCAUCAUCUGGUUGCCACGGUGCACCUGCAGUGGGCGGGGUUUGAGGUGGGCGGAACCAAUGAGGAAGUGCUCCGCUAUUGGUUUAGUGUCCUACAGGGUCUCCAAGCUUCUGGACUCAAGCUGAUCCACAGCUCUUCAGGAAAGGGUCACAGUGUCCUAAAACAGACAGCAGCAAACGCUCACAGCUCCUACACACUCAGCUGGGUCAACACAAGACGCUGACAUGCAUAUGAAUGAACACAGGUGUAGACAUGUGACCAUACAUUGUGGAUGACCUGAAACAAGAAGGAGGUCAACCAUAAUAUAGCUAAACUUUCAAUGAACUUUUGUUCCUGUUAUUUCAGGCGCACACAGUUCCUAACAUGAUAUCUCCCUCUAGUGGAGAUGAUAGGAUAUCAGUAAUGCAAUAAUUAGAUCUUACUGCCAAACAGCUGUCUGGUUGGUCUUUUUUACUUGAACUAUAGACCUGUGAUUGUAUCAAUAUUAUGUCAUAUUAUUGGAUCACAGAGUGAGACCCCUUCCCUUAAUCAAGCCACUUGAUCCUGCUGUAGGUGGAAUGUACAGUCAACAGAUUACACAGACUCUGAUUAUUUAAUGUAUUUUUACACAUCCACAUGGGCAUUUAAAUUAUGCUUUUAUGUGCAAUAAUUCUUUAUAUUGAAGAGAACCUUAAAUGGUGAGACAAAGAUUGCCUACCGUAAAACAUAAAGAAAUUGGUUUAUUAUUGUGCUGAAUUUUUGCACUCUACCAUGAACUGUAUAACAAAUAAGAAAAUAAUGAAACAGUGUUUUAAAUGUGCAUUAUUGCUAUAAUAAAAUACAAAAAAAUAAAAA